AAGAGAGAGAUCCAGAGAGGAUGUGUUUUAGUAAGGUUGGAUUUAUUGCGUUUAUAGCCAUGGUGAUCAACUGCACUGCACUGAUGCAGCGGAAAUCACAUAAAAUAGAUGCGGUAGUUGCAGCAGCAGAGAAAUAUUUUGGGGUGAGAGAUUUUACUGUAGAUCUAUAGGGCGUUUUGAGAGGUGGUGCCAUCCUCCCGACAGCCUAGUGUAGGAUCGUUUAGGGCCAAAGUAGCGGGAUAGGGUGCUGGGUUUUUGGGGAUAGUGUAUAGGUGCAGGAUUAGAUGGUGGUACAAUUUAGGAUUUCCCAUUCCCCUUUUCUUUUUGUGACCAAAAUGUGCAAUCUGCACUCCAAACUACGAAAGGCAGCAACACAGCGUCUAGUCGGCCGGGAAAGCCACACGAAGAAGAAAACACUUCCUAGUUAACAACAGGAGCAGCAGCAACUUGUAUUGCUAGUCAAAUCGUGAAAAGUAUCAUACAAUUGAUAAAAUGGGCAAGCGAUCUAGUAAGAUGUGAAUGUAUCUAACGUCAGCUUGCUAGCUACAUGAUAAGAAAAUGACACGGCAUGGCUUUAUCUCUUGCAUUACCUACUUAGGAAUAUGAAUACAGUAACGUUAAUUACAGUAGCUAGCUUAGCUGCUAGCUGACUUAUUGUCGAACAGGUUGGACAACUAACGCUAUGGCUUCUAUCAUGGAACGUGUCCUGUCCAAGCUUAUGAAUAAAAAUGUACUUUUCACUGUGUCGUUUCUCGUACGACUUGUUAUGGUCAGUUUUGGCGUCUAUCAGGACAGAACUAUGGUAGUGAAAUACACUGAUGUUGAUUAUCACGUGUUUACAGAUGCGUCGAAGUUCAUCACGCAGGGCCAGUCUCCAUACCACAGAUCCACCUACCGCUACACCCCUCUACUAGCAUGGAUCCUGACCCCUAACAUCUACCUCAGCCAUGUCUUCGGGAAGCUUCUCUUCAUCACAUGCGACGUGCUCUCAGGCCACCUGAUCUACCUUAUCCUUCGCCAGCGGGGACUUAGCUGCGAGGCUGCCUGCCGUGUCUGCUCCCUGUGGCUACUCAACCCGUUACCGGCCGGUGUGUCCAGCCGAGGCAACGCCGAGUCGGUCCUAACAGCCCUGGUUCUGGCCACACUGCUCUGCCUGGAGCUGAGGCAGCUCCCCAUGGCAGCCAUCUUGUACGGUCUGGCCGUCCACAUGAAAAUUUACCCGGUGACUUAUGCCCUGCCUAUUGCCCUAUCCCUACAGAGAAAGGAGAAUGUGGAGGAGAGGGGAGUGGGGUGGUGGAGGAGAGCUCUUGGGUUUCCCCUCAGGCUAUUGAAUAAGGAGCUGUUUCUGUUUGCCGGUGUGGCCGGAGUGGUGUUCUGUGGAUUGACUGUCCUGUUUUAUAACAUGUACGGCUGGGACUUCCUCCAGGAAACCUACCUGUACCACCUGACGCGGAGGGACAUCCGCCACAACUUCUCCCCUUACUUCUACAUGCUGUACCUGACUGCAGACAGCCCCUGGAGCCUGGCCCUGGGUCUGGCUGCCUUCCUGCCCCAGGCCCUGCUGCUGUUCCUGGUCUCCCUGGCCUUCCACACAGACCUGGCCCUCUGCUGCUUCCUCCACACCGCCAUCUUUGUCUCCUUCAACAAAGUCUGCACUUCCCAGUACUUCCUGUGGUAUCUAUGUCUGUUUCCUCUCGUCCUACCUCGACUGACCCUGUCACCAAAACAAGGAGUAGAACUCUUGGCUCUCUGGUUUGCUGGACAGGGUAUAUGGUUGGCCCCUGCGUACUACCUGGAGUUUGAGGGAUACAACACCUUUCUGCUCAUUUGGCUGGCUGGACUGAUGUUCUUGAUCAUUAACUCAUUCAUAAUGGUACAGAUUAUAACCCAUUACAAUCCAUCAGACACUACACAGAGAUUGAAAGCAGAGUGAUAUCUGGACAACUACUUGAACACUUAAUUCUACACUCCUUGGAUGUAAGGGAUCAAGUGAAGACAUUUCACUAGUAGACAACUUAGUUGCUGAUAAUUGCAAUGCAAUUGUUAUUUUGUCUAUAUGGGAAUUUUGUAUAUAUAAAAACAAAAAUACCUGG